CCAAAUAAACAAAGUUAUCCAGACACCAGAGCUGUUAAAAAUGUCGACAAAUGAUAAUGAUAAAUCACCGAAAAAGCAAAGGGAGCCAAAGCCUAAAGGUGCCGGUGCUUUGAUGGCCGUCGGUAUGGCCUUUCUGGCCAUUGUUGCCUUUGGACUAUACAGUGGCCGACUAAAUAUCAAUCAAUUUCAGGGUACUCGAGCCGAUACACUCAAACAGAUAGCGCCUCGGCUACAGUUUGUACUGAGAAACUUGACACCCGGCCUACUGUUCCUGUUAUUCAGCAUCAUCUAUGUGGGUAUUCAACGUGGAGCUAAAGGUGCCGAAAAUCCAGCGGCCGGUAGAGACCAUCUGAUACAGUUACCGAAAAAUAUACUACAGAAUACUAUUGAACAGUUAUUACUAUCUGUUUUUGCCCAAUUGAUCCUGGUCACAUACCUGAACCCUGGACAGGUACUUAACGUAAUACCAGUAAUGAACGGACUGUUUUUUGUUGGACGGGUACUGUUUUUCAUUGGUUAUCCUAAUUACCGGGGAUUGGGAUUUCAGUUGAGCGCCUUUCCGAGUAUGGCUGCCAUCGGUUAUGUCGGCUAUCGAUAUGUACUGAAUUUAGUGUAG